CGGGCGAGCUGACUGACGGCUUCGUUUAUCUUCUCCCGCGCGCAUCCCCCGUACGCCCGCCAUUCUUAUCCGCCUGCCUGCUCUCCGCUACCUUUAUAGCUCUCGAGCUUCCCCUCCUCCAUUCCCUCACCCAUUCCUUCGUCGUGCAGCAGCCCGCAACCGUCGUCAGCUGAGAGCGUCGCGCCACGCCAUUCUAGCUAGCGUCCGUCCGUUCGUUCGCGUGAUCAGUGUUUGCUCGUCCGCCUGAUCUGAUCCGCCUGGGAGGUGGGAAUGGAGGCCUGCGUCGUAUUCGCGCGCGGCAAGGAGGCGACGAUCAGGUUCGAGGAGCAGGAGGAGGACAUCGGGUGCGCGUCGUCCGAGUCGUCCGCGGCGGGUUCUUCCGCGUCGUCGUCGGACGAGGUGGAGUUCGCCGACGACGCCAGCUCGUCGGGGUCGACCGGUGACCACUUCGAGAUGGCCUCCCUCAUGACGCAGCUCCCGAUCAAGAGGGGCCUGUCCAAGUUCUUCGACGGCAAGUCGCAGUCGUUCGCGUCGCUGGCGGCGGUGGCCGGCCUGGAGGACCUGCCCAAGCCGCCGGCGAAGCGGCUCAAGACGUCGCGGAGCUUCGGCGUCGGCCUCGAGGACGCGCACCGCGGCCGCUUCCCCGCUCCCGCGGCCGGCAAGAAGCAGGCGCCCAGGGCGCGCGUGACGUCGUCGGCGCCGAGGAGACUAGUGCGGGCGCGGCCCCUCGUGGCGGCGAGGCCGGCGGCCGGGCAGCCCCUGUUAUUUGCCUAGGGGAUUCGCCCGCUCGCCUACCCGUAGAAUCACAACGAAGGGGUUCUUGGCAACUGGUAGGCUUGUGUGGAUGCCUUUGCACUGUAAAUAUUUUGCAGGAGAUCUAACACGUUACAAAGGGGGUUUCUUCUGAAUUUGAUCUGGCUUGCAUCUGUACAUUCCUGAACUUUGUUAGCGUGCUAGCUAUUCCUGACCUCUUGUUUGAUUUGAAGUCGGCAAACGUUUGGAUGAGCACAAGGUGGAGUACUACCACAUGUCUGCAUUUUGUUGCGGCGUGUAGAUGUUUGAUACAUUCAGAUCACGCCUGAUCAAUGCGCCGAUGAUUGUCUUAGUGGUGGAGUAUUUUUUUUUCUUUUUUUAUGACUAGGAGUAUAGGUAUGCAGAAGAAAAUGAUGAAUCUGCUUAGAUUCGGGGUUGCUAACUCACCGUUUUGCUCAAAUGGAAUUCUCCACUGAAACUGUCGUCAGCA